CGAGCUCAGUUUCUGCUUUUGGCGCAAAGCGGAAGUGGUCAUAAGUGUUUGUUGUGUGUAUCGAAGAAGAAGUUUGAUAUCGCGGCGGAGAUUUUAAAACUGAGUUCGUCUUGUAGCUUUGAAAUUACAGAAUUUUGCUCUUCUUUUUUGAAAUAAACAGCGUUCAAAAAAAGUUACUGAUUUAAAUCAGUUCCUUCUGACGUCGAAAAGGUUGAAGCGAGAGCGGACUCACUCCUUAGCUAAUGUUAGCAUGUCCGGCUAGUCGAAGCUAUUUUUGUGUCUUCCUUCCACGAUUUUUUUUUUUGUCUUUUUGAUGUUUUGUUAUUUUAGAUAAACGUUGAUUUUUUUUUGUGUAAAUGGAGGAACAAAAGGAGAACAUUCACACGAAAGACCUCAACGUGCAAAUGUCGAAGGCAAAGGAAGACGAGAAGGAGAAAGCCGGCACCAAAAAGAGUCCUGACGGAGAGUCUGAUCCUCCAGAGUCGCCCUCACAGCCCAACGGUGACUUCAGCCAUCCGGUCUACAAAGAGAUCGCUUUGGCAAACGGACACAUCAACCGCAUGUCCAAGAGGGAGCUGCAGGUCAAACUGGCCGAGCUGAAGCUGGACACCAGAGGCGUGAAGGACGUGAUGAAGAAGAGGCUGAAGAGCCACUACAGGAAGCAGAAGCUGAUGACGUCGGCAGCAGAGGGAGGCCCCACCGACACCUACUACGACUACAUCUGUGUGGUGGACUUUGAGGCGACGUGUGAGGAGGAUAAUCCCUCAGACUUCCUCCAUGAAAUCAUCGAGUUCCCCAUGGUUCUCAUCAACACUCACACCCUGCAGAUCGUGGACUCGUUUCAGUCGUACGUGAAACCAGAGUUGAACCCCAAACUCUCCGACUUCUGCGUCACGUUAACGGGAAUCACUCAGAAAAUGGUGGACGAAGCCGAUCCGUUCCCUGACGUCCUGCAGCGGGUCGUGACUUGGCUUCAGGAGAGAGAUCUGGGGACCAAACACAAAUACGCCAUUCUGACAGACGGGUCCUGGGACAUGAGCAAGUUCCUCAACAUCCAGUGUCGGGUCAGCCGCAUCCGGUAUCCUCAGUUUGCAAAGAAGUGGAUAAACAUCAGGAAAUCCUACGGCAACUUCUACAAGCUGCCGCGCUCGCAGACGAAGCUGAGCACCAUGCUGGAGAAGCUGGGCAUGAAGUACGAGGGCCGCCCUCACUGCGGCCUGGACGACUCGCGCAACAUCGCCCGCAUCGCCGUGCGCAUGCUGCAGGACGGGUGUCAGCUGCGCGUCAACGAGCGCAUGCACGCUGGCCAGCUGCUGUCCGUGCCCAGCUCGGCGCCGGUGGAAGGAGCCCCCCCACCCCACAACCCCGGCAGCAGAAACUAGAAUCACGGCGGGGUAGCGGUCCACCCGCGGCGGAGAGAGCACUUUACCGGGAGCCCAAAGCGCCGUGACCUCCGGAGUUCAGACGGAGCCGGUUUAAGAGGUUCAGCAGCGUCCUCCUGCCUUAUGAAGCUGCAUCUUCUGUCCGGAAAACGCUGCUUCACUCAAACAUAUCAGUGUUCUGAUCUCACAUGAACGCUCGGAUGCUGCUCUCCAUCGAGUUUCUGAGAAAAUGAAAAUAAUGUGGAUUUAAGCUUCAGAAAUGAGGCAACACUGGAGAAAAUGAAUCAUUAGACCUUAAAUGGGAACAUCUUUAAAAAUCACUUUCUAACAGAAACACAUUAAAGAUGCGUCAAAGAUUAUCUGAUUUUUUUCAGUCGAUAGGAAAUCUUUGCAGAGUCGAUUUGUCGCCGUUCUUUCAGAAAUUUCGCCAUUUAAAGCAGCAGAGAAUCUUCAUGGUGCGUUCAGUGACUUAAAUAAAAACGAAUUUUCAUUAUUUCUGCUUAACGCAGACGUUUUUAUUCAAGUGUAAAAAAAAAAAA